AUGUCUCUCGUCUCCACGAAACGAAAUCCGUACACUAGCUCAACCACCGACGUCCUCGUCGGCAAGGCCCGGACGAAAUUCACUAUCCCCCGUGUCCUCGUCCCUUCCCUCUCCCAGCACCAAUCCCCCAUCGUCCUCCCACAUGUCGACCCGACCAUCUUCCCCAUCUACCUCCACUGGCGCUGCACAUCUGAACUCGCCGUGCUACGCGAUCCCCCAGGCACCGACCCCGAAUCCAACCUAGAACCCGAGCCUGAGCCUGAGUCCGAGUCCGAGUCCGAAUCCGAGUCUCUCGACUUAGCUAAGGCAUGCCUCCUCGGCCACGACCUGCACGACGAUGUUUUCCAGCACGCGGUGCUACAGGCCUUGACUGCACGGAUUCGUUCCCCGCGAUCUCCCGGCGCUGAUCUUGUCGAGUUCAUCUACAAUCAUCAUGAGAAGUUCCCUGCGUCGGUACGCGCCGCGCUCGUCGAUGUGUACGUCCAGUUCGGUAAUCCCCGUUGGCUCGCUGAGUGGAAGUCCCCGUUUGCUCUUCCCAGGCCGUUUUUGAUGGAUUUGUCGUUGGGGUUUUUGGAGAGGAAUGGGAGGAAUGGAUGGGAGGGUUCCGUUGCUGUGCAUCUGGAUACAUUCAAAUCUACCCCCCGUUUCCUCCGUUCGGUCGAUUCCCCGCGCGUCGACCCCCGCAUUGCUCGCCGACAGGGAGAGAGAGAUAGAGAGAUCAUAGAUGACCCGUCCAGUCAGGAGAUCGACCCAGAUGCAGAGAGAGAAUAUGAAGCGCUAUUCGGAAAGAGACGGAGAGUGACUAGGUCUACGCGGGUAGAUAAUACGAGAGAUGGGGAUAUCGAAGACGGAGAUGGUAUACAACUAGACAGGGAUGAGAACGAAAAUGAAAAUGGAGGUGAAGACGACGAGGAUGAAGUUCCCUCUUCGCAGACUUUUCAUACUCCUCGUCCGAGAUUCCGGACACAGAUACGUCCACAGACACAAGCACAGAUACAAACCCCACUCCGAAAAGAACGAAAACCAACAUUCAUCCUCCCCUCUCAACCAGAGCCAGAAUCAGAAGACUACCUCCCGUCUCCAUUCUCACCCCGGCGAGGAAAUCGUCGCGGUCCGUCGUAUAUCCCCGGUGGGAUGGCCUCUCAGGUCCGGAGCUGGGUAGUGGAGAUGGGGACGAGAGCUCGUGCUCAUGCUCCGAUUCAUGAUUCAGAUACAAAUACAAACACAAAUACACAUACAGAGGUAUAUUCGGAGAGGUAUCUUUUUACCUUGGAUGUGAAGAGCGUGGUGAGGAUUGAGGGAGGGGGUUUCGUUAGAGGUACAUUAUUACAUGAAAGUAGAAAUGGAAAUGGAAAUGAUCAAGGGAAGAGUGUCCUGAAUGUCCUUCUUCUGGGGUCCAAAAGGUUGGAAGAGGGGUAUCAUGUCGGAGUGUUUCCUGGUUUGGUCUGGGAUGUUGAAAUCGCUUCGGAUUCAUCUGAUGGACAAGUUGAGAAGUGGACGGUCUGUAUAGACUGGGAGAUCAUUUCAUGA